AUGCGCUCCAUCCUCUUUUCUGCUGCGCUGCUCGCAGCCGCUGUCUCGGCUCGAGACGUGCCAACCAAUGUCCGCAACUUCUACAACUCUGUCAAGAACGCGGGAGCUUGCUCCAAAAAGAUCGGCCCUGGCUUCUACAGCACCGAUGGUGGAUCCGGAAACUACUACUACUGUGGCGACCACAAAGAUGACUACAACGUCAUCUACCUGAAGGGCCCAGGCAGUCAGUUCGUCAACAUGGACAUCGACUGCGAUGGCGAUCGCAGCGGACCUGGAAACGACGGCCGCUGCAACGGCGACGGUACUUCCCAGGACAUCACAUCCUUCCAGUACAUUGUCAAGGGCUACAACAAGGGCAUCAAUGACCUCAACCCCUUCGUCCACCCUUACGUGGUGUUCGGCAAUGUCGGCCAGGGCAAUCAGUUCGACCCCCAGGCGCACGGAAUUAAGCCUCUCAGCGUCAUGGCUGUCGUAUGCGGCGAUAGGCUGAUCUAUGGUGUUUGGGGCGAUGAGAACGGAAAUGACGGCCCGCACCCGGUUGUCGGCGAGGCUUCCAUCUCCCUUGCCACCGCCUGCUUCGGCAACGGCAUGACUGGCAACAACGGCCACGACGAGAACGAUGUUCUGUACAUUGCGUUCCCUGGAGAUGAUGCUGUUCCUGGGGCCGGCGGUGCCAACUGGGGCGCCAGCAGCUAUGCCGCCUUCGAGAACAGCAUCCAGGACCGUGGAAACAAGCUGAUUCAGCGCAUCGGAGGCGGUGGCGGCGGCGGUGGCGGGAACGACUGCUCUUGGCCUGGUCACUGCGAGGGAGCAUCCUGCAAUGAUGAGAACGACUGCUCGGAUGACCUGGUUUGUAAGAAUGGCAAGUGUGCCAAGCCCUAG